AUGGGCGACUGGAGCUUUCUGGGCAGACUCUUAGAAAAUGCGCAGGAGCACUCCACGGUCAUCGGCAAGGUGUGGCUGACCGUGCUGUUCAUCUUCCGCAUCCUGGUGCUGGGGGCGGCGGCGGAGGAGGUGUGGGGCGACGAGCAGGCCGACUUCACCUGCAACACGCAGCAGCCGGGCUGCGAGAACGUCUGCUACGACCGGGCCUUCCCGAUCUCCCACAUCCGCUUCUGGGCGCUGCAGAUCAUCUUCGUGUCCACGCCCACCCUCAUCUACCUGGGCCACGUGCUGCACCUGGUGCGCCUGGAGGAGAAGCGCAAGGAGAGGCAGGAGCCGGAGCCGCCCAGGAGAGACGGCCCCAGCGCCCGGGAGCCGCCGCAGGACGAGCCCCGCUCGCGGGACGACGGCGGCCGGGUGCGCAUGGCCGGGGCGCUGCUGCGAACCUACGUCUUCAACAUCAUCUUCAAGACGCUGCUGGAGGUGGGCUUCAUCGCCGGCCAGUACCUGCUGUACGGCUUCGAGCUGCAGCCGCUGUACCGCUGCGACCGCUGGCCCUGCCCCAACGCCGUGGACUGCUUCAUCUCCAGGCCCACGGAGAAGACCGUCUUCGUCAUCUUCAUGCUGGCCGUGGCCUGCGCGUCGCUGCUGCUCAACCUGCUGGAGAUCUACCACCUGGGCUGGAGGAAGCUCAAGCAGGGCGUGGCCAGCCUCGGCCCGGACGCCCCCGAUGCCCCGCCCCCCAGCUCCCGGCCCACGGCCGUGGCCCUCGGGUUCCCGCCCUACUAUGCGCACGCCGCUGCCCCCGCGGGACAGGCCCGCGCCGUGGGCUACCCCGGGGCCCCGCCCCCCGCCGCGGACUUCCGAACGCCCGCCCUGCCCGAGGCGCGCGGCACGCGCCCGUCCGCCCAGCUCUGCAGCGGCCGCCGCCACCUGCCGGUGAGCGAGCAGAACUGGGCCCGCCGGGCGGCCGAGCAGCAGCGCCCCGAGCUCCAGGCCUACCCGGCGGCGCCCCCGCCCGCGGCCCCCAGCCCCACCGGCAGCAGCUCCCGGCCGCUCACGCACGAGGCCGAGGCUGGCGCGGCGCCCCUGCUGCGGGAUGGCAGCAGCAGUCUGGAGGGGAGCGCCCUGGCGGGGACCCCCGAGGAGGAGCAGGCCGUGACCACCGCGGCUCAGAUGCACCAGCCGCCCUUGCUCCCCGGAGACCCAGGUCGGGCCAGCAGGGCCAGCAGUGGGCGGACCAGGCCGGAGGACUUGGCUGUCUAGAGCCCGGUGCCCGCCUCCAGGCAGCUGUGUCGUGAUCAUCUUCUUAGAAACCAAAACCCAAGUGCACU